UGCAUGUUGGCAAUGUUGCUCGGUAGUGCUAAAUGGUGCUAAACAUAUAAAACCUAUCCUUGCCCUUAGCAGCCCUCAGUCAGUGCCUCAGUGCCCUUUGUGACUUCAGUUGUGUAUAUUAGUGUCAGAGUAUUCCUAGUGCUUUUGAAUGAAAACAAUCAUACGAAAAUCAGCAGCUGAAUUGAACAGGCAAUAACAUAACAAAUAUUUGUGUGUUUAUGUGCAUUUAUAUAUACAGUUUAUAUAUUUAUUGUAAAAAUGACUUCAAUUAUCAAAUUACAAGCUCUUUCGGGAGCAAUGGAUGAGUCUCCACCAUGCUACCUAUUGCAGGUAGAUGAUGUUCGUAUACUUUUGGACUGUGGUUGGAAUGAACACUUUGAUCCAGAAUUUAUGAAAGAAUUAAAAAGACAUGCCAAUACAAUAGAUGCUGUACUGCUCUCAUACCCAGAUGCCUCACAUUUAGGUGCAUUGCCCUACAUGGUUGGAAAAUUAGGACUCAAUUGCCCAAUAUAUGCCACAAUACCUGUAUAUAAGAUGGGACAAAUGUUUAUGUAUGAUCUGUACCAAUCUCACACAAAUGUCGAAGACUUUAACUUAUUUACUUUGGAUGAUGUAGAUUUAGCUUUUGAGAAAAUUACACAAUUGAAAUAUAAUCAGAGUGUAUCCAUGAAAGGCAAAGGAUAUGGAUUAACAAUAACUCCACUGCCAGCUGGACACAUGAUUGGUGGAACAAUUUGGAAGAUUAUGAAAGUUGGUGAAGAGGAUAUCAUUUAUGCUAAUGAUUUUAAUCACAAGAAAGAGAGACAUUUGAAUGGCUGCGAAUUGGAAAAGUUGCAGCGACCCUCAUUGUUUAUAACAGAUGCAUUCAAUGCAACCUACCAACAAGCAAGGCGCAGAACUAGGGAUGAAAAAUUAAUGACUAAUAUCCUUCAGACAUUAAGGAAUAAUGGGAACGUGCUAAUAUCAGUUGACACGGCCGGACGAGUUUUGGAAUUAGCACACAUGUUAGAUCAAUUGUGGAGGAACAAAGAAUCAGGACUAUUCGCAUAUUCCCUGGCAUUAUUAAAUAACGUCAGCUACAACGUUGUCGAAUUUGCCAAAUCACAAAUAGAAUGGAUGAGCGAUAAACUCAUGAAAAGUUUCGAAGGAGCGAGAAAUAAUCCAUUUCAAUUCAAACAUUUGCAAUUGUGUCAUUCCCUGCACGAACUAUCGAAAGUCCCCAGUCCGAAAGUCGUUUUAGCCAGUUGCGCAGAUAUGGAAAGCGGAUUUUCCAGAGAAUUAUUCCUGCAGUGGUGCUCCAAUCCUAAUAACAGUAUAAUUAUCACUACUAGGACUUCUCCUGGCACUUUGGCUAGAGAUUUGGUUGACAAUGGUGGAAACCGAACAAUUGAUUUGGAAGUGAAGAAGCGUGUGAAACUUGAGGGACCUGAACUAGAAGAAUACGAACGUCAGAAGAAGGAAAAAGCUGAGGAAGAAGAUCGUAACAAGUUAGACGAAGAUUCUGACUCUGAUGACGACAUUGAAAUGAGUGUAAUAUCCAAAGGAAAGCAUGACAUUGUGAUUAAACAGGAAGGUAAAAUCCAUGGUGGUUUCUUUAAAGCUACAAAGAAGCAGCAUCCCAUGUUUCCAUUCCACGAAGAUAAAAUAAAAUCUGAUGAUUAUGGUGAAAUUAUCAAGACUGAGGAUUACAAAUUGGCCGAUGCUGUUGCAGAGCCGGACGAUAAUAAAGAGAAUAUUGUUAUAAAGAAGGAGCAAACUGAGUUCAUAGCCGAGGUGCCGGAAAUUCCAACCAAAUGUAUUGUACUUAAUCGUACCGUUCAAGUAAACGCACAAGUGCAAUAUAUCGAUUUCGAAGGACGAUCCGACGGUGAAUCUUUGCUGAAAAUUCUGUCGCAACUGAAGCCUAGAAGAAUAGCUGUGGUGCGAGGAAACGAAGAAAGCACGUUUGCUAUACAGAAUUACUGCAAGGAGCAUAUAGAUGCCAGAAUUUUCGCACCUGCAAGAGGCGAAAUCAUCGACGCCACCAGCGAAACUCACAUUUACCAGGUUCGACUGACGGACGCUCUGGUGUCUCAGUUGAAAUUCCAAAAAGCCAAAGAAGCUGAGCUUGCUUGGAUCAACGCUCAAAUUGUACUUAGAGAAAGCCAACUAGACGCAAAACCGAUGACCAUUGAUAACGAACUAAUGGAAGUCGAUGAAGAAGAUUUGAAGACAUACGCGCUUGAACCCAUGUCAUGCUUGAAUCAAAUACCACACGACACAGUGUACAUUAACGAAUUGAAACUGUCAGAGUUUAAGCAGAUUCUGUCGAAAUCAAAUAUAAGUUCAGAAUUUUCAGGAGGUGUGCUUUGGUGCUGCAAUGGAACAAUUGCUAUUCGAAGGAUUGAGACUGGUAAAGUUAUUGUGGAGGGAUGCAUAUCUGAGGAAUAUUACAAAGUUCGGGAAUUGCUCUACGAUCAGUACGCAAUUUUGUGAGCAGUGAAAGUUUAGUUUUUCAGUUUUAUAGAAAAUGAAACUAUAUUUUUUUAUAAAGUUAUAUGAAUUCAAUGCUUUAAGAUGAAAUAUACGAUAUUAAUUUA